AUGGUUCCAUCGUUGGAACGAGGAAUAAGCAUUUCAAGUUCCUUCAAUAACGAUAGAAUGUUCGAUUCCUCACCAGGAAAAGAACAAGAACAAUCUAAUUGCGUCGAAACUGAGAACGGAAUUUCUCAUCUCGUAGAAUCAACUACGCCAGAAAUUCAAGCUCAAGACGGCAUGGCUGGAAGUUCGGUGGAAAGUAGCCGCCCAAUGACUUCCCGACUGAUUUCCCGGAGACGAGAAAAGCAACAAUCUGACACGGAGAUGAUGAAGGAUAGAUUCACAAAACUACUUCUAGGAGAAGAUAUGUCAGGUGGUGGGAAAGGUGUUUCUUCUGCUUUGGCACUAUCAAACGCCAUUACAAAUCUAGCCGCGUCAAUAUUUGGAGAACAAACAAAGUUGCAGCCGAUGGCACCAGAUAGGAAAGUGAGGUGGAAGAAAGAGAUCGAUUGGUUGCUCUCUGUGACUGAUCACAUCGUCGAGUUUGUUCCAUCUCAACAUACGACCAAGGAAGGAGUUUGCACCGAGAUUAUGGUGACAAGACAAAGAUGUGAUCUUCUCAUGAACAUCCCCGCCCUCCGCAAACUUGAUGCCAUGCUCAUUGAUACACUAGACAAUUUCAGAGGACACAACGAGUUCUGGUACGUAUCGAGGGAUUCAGAAGAAGGGAAGCAAGCACAAAAUGAGAGGACAAAGGACAAGUGGUGGCUUCCUCCAGUUAAAGUCCCUCCUAAUGGCUUAUCCGAAUCCUCCCGAAGAUUGCUUCAUUUCACGAAAGAUUCAGUAUCACAAGUCCAAAAAGCCGCGAUGGCUAUUAAUGCGCAAGUUCUGUCGGAAAUGGCUAUCCCUGAUAGCUAUAUUGAGUCUCUCCCAAAGAAUGGAAGGGCAAGCCUUGGUGAUUUGUUAUACAAGAGCAUAACAGAGGAGUGGUUUGAUCCAGAGCAGUUUUUGUCAACACUUGACUUGUCUACAGAACAUAAAGUGUUGGAUGUAAAGAACAAGAUUGAGGCUUCAAUUGUGAUAUGGAAAAGGAAACUUCAUCUAAAGGAAAACAAAUCUUCUUGGGGAUCAGCUGUGAGCAUGGAGAAACGAGAGUUGUUCGAAGAAAGGGCCCAAACAAUCUUGGUCUUACUCAAACAAAAGUUCCCUGGUCUUCCUCAAUCUUCACUCGACAUCUCCAAGAUUCAGUUUAACAAGGAUGUGGGACACGCAGUUUUGGAAAGCUACUCAAGGAUACUAGAGAGCUUGGGUUACACGGAAAUGUCGAGAAUCGAGGAUGUACUUUACGCGGAUUCUUUAGCAUGGAAGCAAUGUACAACCUUAGAAACAUCAAGCAGUGGGAGAAUAACAACAGAGAUGGACUCAGAGGCCGCGGGAUCAUCAAACUACUCAGAGGAGGGACCAGAGAAGUUUGAGCUACAAUACUCAUCAAAGACAUUGCUGGAUUUUAUUGGCUGGAGCGAUAAUAAUGGUUUAAAAGGGCAGUCAGAAAAACCUCCAAAGUCACCGAAAAUGACGCCAAAGAAAUUAUCAUAUUUGGAGAAGCUCGAGAACUUGAAUGGUUUUAGGAGCCCUAAAGAUAGACAUUGA